AUGCUUAAUCAUUAAUUUUUUAAAUUACUGAAGGAUAGUACAGCUGAUUAUCAUUAUUAUUUGUAUAAAGGAUAUUUUGAAGAAGUUAAUCUUUAAUCUUAUAUGAUUAAAUUGGAUAAAACAUUCAAUUUCUUAUAAUGUAGUAACUUUGAUUAAAAUAGAUUUUCGAAGAAAUUAUAUUAAACGAAUCCUGUAGAUGUUUUUAUUAGAACCAGAUGACAUAAUAAUAAUAAUUUGGAAUAUUUAUUUUUUGUUGAUUGUUACUAUAAAUGUAUUUUAUGUUUCAUUAAGAUUAUCAUUUGAAGAAAUAGUUGAAAUGAAUUGGGAUUUAAAAGAUUUUAUAUUUGAAUAAUUGCCAAGUUAUUCAUUCAUAUUAGAAAUAAUUAUAAAAUUUAAUACUUGUAUUUAUAGUAAAGGAGUACUUAUAAAAAACAGAAAAAGAUUAAUAAAGAGAUAUCUAAAGAGAGAAUUUUUGAUUGAUAUGCUUUUAAUCAUUCCAUUUUUUAUUGGAAGAUAAUUAGAUUUUUUUUAUUUAGAUCUAGUAAUAAUUUUGAAAAUGUUUUAAAUAUCAAAAUUAACAUAUUCAUUAUUUAAUCGUUUAGAAUUGACAUAGUAAUAAACAGCUAUUUUUGAACUCAUAAAAUUGAUGUAUAAAUAAAUUAAUAAAAAGAUUUUUCAUUUUAUUUUGUGCACAUUUUUCUGCCUGCAUAUGGCAUAAAUUAGGAAUAUGGGGAAAUUGGGGAAAUAUAACUUCAAUAACAUGGAUUAAAUAACAAUAACUUUAAGAUUCUUUAUGGAUUGAUAGAUAUAUUGUAUCUUUCUAUUGGAGUAUUGUUACAAUGACAACUAUUGGUUAUGGUGAUAUCACUCCUGUUAAUUUAACAGAAAGACUAUUUUGUAUAAUUAUGACAUUAAUAUCAACUGCAACCUUUGCUUAUUCUGUAAAUAGUAUUGGAUAAAUAUUUAAAGAUAUGUCUAAACAAUCUACUUAAUUUAAAACAAAUAUGAAUAGUUUAAAUAAAUACUUAAAAAAUUAAAAAGUAUCACCAACUUUAUAAAUAAAGUUUAGAAGAUAUUUUGAAUAUUUUUGGAGUAAACCUUCUUAAGAAGUUAUCCAAUUUCAAGAUUAGAUUCCUUAAUAAUUAAAGAAUUAAAUGAUUGUAGAAAUUAAUAUUAAAUUACUAAAAUAAUUAGAUUUAUUUAAAUAAUUUAGUAAUUCUUUACUUAAUACAUUAUGUUUACAAUUAUAAGAAUAAUAAUUAUAACCAGAUGAAUAUUUAUUUAAAUAAAAUUAUUUAGCUGAUAAAUUAUAUAUUUUUGUAAAUGGAUAAAUAGAAAUAUAUGUUUUGAUUAAUAAAAAAAAAAGAAUUAUUGAAAAAAUAAAGACUCCAUGUUUAAUUGGUUAAUUGAAUUAUUUUCUUAAUAAUGAAUAUAAUUUUGAAGCUAUUGCAACUAAAAAUACUAAGAUAUUAACUAUUGAUAGAUAAUCUUUAAUAGCAAACAUAAAAUAGAGUGACAUUGAUUAUGUAUAAUAUUAUAUAAAUAUAAGGAAAUUUAUAAGAAUUUUGAAGAUGAUAUAAGAUUAUAAAAUAAAUUUGAAAAUAUCUCAAUUAAAUGUUCAGUUUGUGGUAAAACAAAUCAUUAAGUUCUUACUUGUCCACUUUUUAGAGGAUGUAUAAACAGAACAAAAGUAUUAUAUCAUUUGAGACAUAAUAUAUUAUAAUAUAGAAGAUUUUAAUUAAGAAAUAAUCAUUAUAGAAGAAUAUCAACUAAAUAACAUUAAUUUUAUAUCAUGGAAAGUGUAUUAUAAUAUAUAAUGAAGAAUGAUGAACUCUGUAGUCUAGAAGGAAUCAAAAAAUGUAAUAUCUCAAUUUAAAUUAGAAUAUCAAGCAGUCAUGAAAUAGUAAUAAUAAUAUGAAGAAAAGAUAAUUUAAACAUAAUCAAAUCAAUUAACAAACCAAAUAUCAUAAUCUUAAAAUAUACCAAUUUCAAUUAAUUGUAAAUCUAAUUCCUCAUAAAUAUAUAAUCAGAAUUUCUAAAAAAAUAAUAAUUUAUUAUAGAACCUAGAAGUUCUUUCAGAAAAAUAAAAUUAAUUUGGUACUUUAAGUAAAUCAUAAGAUAUUAGAUUAAUAACAACUUUGAAUAAUUAAAAAAUAUAACCUAUAUUAGAAGAAUCACAUAAAGAUGAAAUUAGAGAUAAUUAAAAUAAUAUUACAGUUAAUAUUAGCUAAUAAUUACCUUAUGUUUAUAAAUAAGAAAAUUCAAUCAUACCAUCAAAUGAUACUGGUACAAAAGAACCAUAUUGGAUUCAAUAAAGAAUAGGAAAAAAUACUCAUUCUAUAAAGUAGAGAUUUGAAAAAUAACGUACAGAAUAUAUUCCUUAAAAAAAUAAGUUAAAAUAAUUUAAAAGUUUGCUUUCUGAAAGAGAAGAUAAUCGUGAAAAGUUUACUAAAUAAUUUGGAUUUAAUAAAUUAUUCAUUACAUCAUAAUUAUAGAAAAAAGAACUUUAAGAAUAAUAGAUGAUAAAUAGAAAAAAUAGUUUAAAUGAUUAUAUUUAUUAAAUUGAAAAGACAUAGGAAAAUUUAUAAAAAAAAGCAAAUAAAAUUGAAGAAUCACAUUUUGGAUUAGAAAAUUCAAUGAGUCAUUCUAUUAAAAAUAGCACUCCUAGACCUAAUAUUGAUAUUUAUUAAGUUAAUGAAAAUAAUGAUUAAUAUUAUCAUUAGGAAAAAGAUUUAACAAAUUUAUAUUUAGAAGAAUAGAUAAUCAAAAAUAAAUAAAGAUUUGGUGAGAAAUAGAUAUCAUUUUAGGAAUCUAAUUAAAAUUAAAUUCUUCAUUUUCCAGAAUAAGAUUUUAAAGCAUUAGAAUAAAGUAUGAUGACUUAGUAUGAAAAACUUAAAUAAAAGGAAGAAUAAUUAAAGUAAUAGAUAGAUAGACAAUAAACAAUAAUAUCUCAUAAUAAAGAAAGUAAAGAGAGUAGUGAUAAUAAUAAUAAAAUUAAAUAUAGAGGGUUAGGUAUUAAAAUAACCUCUGAUGAUUCAUCAGAUGAAGAUACUGAUGGACAUAAAUUAAUUAGAGGAUAAUAUCUUGAAAUCUUUAAAGAUUUUGAAAAAGUAAAGGAAUAUUAAGGAUAUUAUCCAAAUAAUAAUAUAUCCACAAUUCUAUUUUAAGUAUAUUUUAAUCUAAUAUUAUUCUAGUUUUAUAAAAAUGAAUUUAACAUAGAGCAUAAUUUUAAGAAGAAGAGAAAUGCAAAAAAAGAUACUAUUAUGAAUUUACUAAAAUAAGCAUAACAUUUGAUUCGGAAAAGUUAAUAAUGA